UCUCUACUAUAUAAUAACAAUAAGUGUAAUCGUGCUCUCACUCACUUCUAAUUAAUUCUCCUUUUCUUCCAUUCCCAUUUUAUUUCCAUGGCCGAAUCUGAGUACAAAUGCUUUGUUGAUGGACUUGUUUGGGCCACUGACGACUAUUCUCUUGGCAAAGCAUUUUCUUCUUUUGGCGAAAUCAUUGACGUGAAGGUCAUCGUUGAUCGUGAAACUGGAAGAUCGAGCGGAUCUGGAAUCAUCACAUUUGCAUCGAAGCAGUCAAUGAAAGACGCCAUUAAAGCAAUGCACGGCCAGGAGCUACAUGGCAGUAAAAUCACUGUGAGUGAGACUCAAAGCCACGGUAGUGGUGGUGGUUCGAAAGGAGGCCGGAGGAAAUAAUGUUGCGUUGAUUGAAGUUGAAUAAUAUAUUUUAUACGUUGUUAUAUCUUAUUUUAAGCGUUUUAUUUGAAAUGUCCUUUGUAAUUCUAUGUUAUGCUUUCGUAAUUUGUCAUGUGGUUUUUGAGUUUUUAGUUUGUGUAUACUAGUUCUUAAUAAAAAAUUAUGGUCAAAAUUUGAUUCCAAGAAAA